AUGGCGAAAGUUAGCCAUCUACCAAUGCGGCGCUAUCCCUCCGACCAGUCAGCAGCCGUCAAUGUAGAUCCAAUCAAUUUCUACCCACCAGCGAACGCGACCCACCAGCGGGUUGCCAAGCCUUCCGACAAGAGCAAGAAAACAUGGGGCCAGCGUCUUAAGCUCAGCAAAGCAUCUCCCGCAGCCGACGAAAAGCAAAACGGUACCACAAACGGUGCCAGCAUCGGGUCCUCCCUCAUCCCGUUCGGUUCCCGUGGGUACACCCUCUCGCAGGACUUUGGAGGCAACGGUCCUGCCUCCCUUUGCUCCUCAACACCUUCGGCCGGAGCCAAUCCUGCGGCGAUCUCCAAUGUGCACCAGCUGGCCGCGAUGAAGUACACGGACACGUGGCUGUAUGGGACGGUGCGCGGAAUGCCACCGCCCCUGGCGAUGUCCCACCAUCCGCACCAUCCGCUUCCGGCAAUGUACUGUCCUCCGCCACCUCCACCCGAGCUGGCCGUCCUCAUUUGCUGCUGCCCGGAGUAUCUGACCGGGACGAAGCGCGAGAUUAAGAAGGCGAGUGUGUGCAAAAAAUGCAAAGGAUCUCGCCUUCCGCUGGCACCGAUCGGUGGUACGGUGCGUUUGACGUCCGGAGCCACUUAUCUGGCACCACCACCGAUACGUUCCAGCGCUGGCACGGUCAAGCUGGCUUCAAGCUACGGCAAAAAAUCACGCCCGACGAUCCUCGGCAAUGGAAAUCCCGAUCCGUACGAUUUUAUGCGUCGUUCGCGGUUGACGCAACCCUCCGAGGCUGGACCUGGCGCCGGUGGUGGCUCGAAAUCGGUUAAAAGUACGCUGAAAGAGAAGCUUCGAGGUCGGGCCAAGAGUACAAGUCCUUCAAGAGGACGCAGCGGAUCAACCGGAAAGCGUGGCUCGGCUGCUCGGUCGCCAUCGCCGUCGUUAAGCAAGAGCGGAUCUCGAGUUGGUGGUCGAACCACCUCCAAGCAUGACUCCUUCCAGGACUGUUGGGUGGGUGAACCUGACCGAGAUGCGGACUACCUAGCGGAGCCAACGACACCGACGGCACCGAAUCAGACGUCGGGCGGCCGCAAGUCGAUCCUGCGGUGUGACGUGAAUCCUUACGAUCUGAUCUCCCUGAGCGGGCUCGGCACGAACGGGCACGCGGGCAUGUUGAGUGAGUUUUCGCCCACCACCACCGAGGGUGACGAGUUCGAUCUUCACUCGCAAAAGUACGAGAACAUCCUGGACACGCUGUACGCGAACCGGUACAACCCGCCGGCGAGCAGCAUCGCGGCAAUCAAUGGCCAAAGAAUCAAGCUGUUCGAUGAUUCGAGCGCCGGUGCGCCCGUGUACGACGAUGUCGAUGAGUUCGUGUACGAUCCAGUCGAGAUGCCGGGUGUUCCUGAGGGUGAUAGCACUACCCACGCCGGGCCAGAACCGUCGCCCGGCGUAACAUCGACUCCGGAGAGGCCACCACGCGCCAAGAAGCAGGACGCAACCAAAGAAGACGACAGUCGUUCCCUCCCGACGUCACCGAUCUCAGCUGAUCCGGCGGCGGUGGCGCAAAGUGCAAUAAAGUCGAUCCUCAAGCGACCGGUUUCGAUCGAGAAGGAGCGAGCUGUGGUCGAGAAGGACUCGAGCGCGCCCGGGUACGACACGAUCCGGCUCAAUCAGAAGCUGGUGCAACGUCUCGCGAAGCUCACGACAAACCAGGGAACUGCCGAGGAGAGCAACAGCUUUGGGAAGGUUGGUACUGUGAGUGCGCGAAACCUCGCGGAAAAGCGCAAUUCUGGGUCACAGUUUUACUUGCCGACACCAUUUCCGGCCACGUUUCCGGCGGGUUCUGGUGAGGGUUCACCCGAGUCGAUGCAAUCUCCGGCGUCUGUGGUUGGUGGACGGAAGAAGGUGCACUUUUUGGUCGAGAACGAGAUCAUCCAGGACGAUGAUCGGUUGUUCGCGCAGAUGCUCUUCACGGAGGUUACGCCAAUGGUCCAAUCGGAACCGGUCGGAGAAAGUACGGCACUGGAGACACGUGGCACGGAUCAGCAGCAUUCGACUGUUAAUGGGACAGAGCUGGAAAAGCCCAACAAGGAAGAGUCACCAUCGACGAGUCCAUCUCAAAACGGAACCAAGGAGGAGCCUCCGAGCAGAGUGAUCCUGCUCCCGGCACAGCCCACCACUAACGGCACUAAUGAAGAUCGACCCAAACCGAGCGCGGUCGCGACCGUGUUCGUCCAACGGCGGUCCUCUGGCGGUUCCGUUCGACGUAGUUCCAGCGACAGGACCUCGCCCACUACCGAUGGUACCACCGGUGGUUGUGAAGCCCUUUCGUUGACCCCAAGGCGGGAUGCCUUUAACGAUACGAUGGCUUUACGCGCACGAACCACGCGUAUCGACUCACGCACGGCGUUCGAGGACGAAACGGCUUCUUGCACGUCAUCGUCUUCCUCGUCGGAGUCGUCGCUUGGAUCGGUGGCAUCGUUGCUCGUUGCUGGCACGUACGGUGGGAAAGCUCGACCGAAGUUGCCUCCCCCACCACCACCACCACCACCGACCACCAGCAACGGGAAAGUGUCGGCGUCUCCAUCGCCACCCAUUGAGCGAUCACCGACCGGAAGCGUGUAUGAGGAUUUUUGCUUCGGCCUGAUGGCGGGCGUCAGGCGUUCAAGCAGUGAUCGCAGCAGUAGCUCCACUUCGGCCUCAUCCCGUACGGUGGUGCGGGUGGUACCGGGUGUAAGCCCCCCGCCGGCCGGCAGCGUGAGUGGUUCGAUACAUCGACUGGAGAUUCGUCACGCGCCGGAACCGGAACCCGAACACUAUCAGAAGAAAACGUCCAUCCUGAUCACGGGUGACGAUUGCUACUCGACGGUGAACGUGGACGGCGCACGUGAUUCGCCUCUGUACCAGUCCUCGGUGGUAGUGACGGAUGGGAGCGGGAUGUCGUCGACACCUCCAGCUGAGAUCCGCCAGACGGCUUCCAACACGAUCACGAUCAGUGUCAGUUCGCCGACGUCAACGCUCGAAAACCGGAGCAGUAAAGCGGCCAGUCGAUCGCAAUCUAUCCGGGAGUCUGAGAGCGUGGAAACGUUGGAGUCAUCGGAACAAUGUUCAACCGGUGGCACGGUUGUGUCGAUGGGUGGAGAAGAUAGCAGAGUGUCACCGCUAGCGCUCGGGACCUCCAUCAUCCCCAUCGGAGCUCCGAGCUGUGUGAUUGAGACGCCGAAAUCCGGGAGUAACGGCGGCCGUACACUGAUCAAUCUGGAUUUUGGUGAGCAGAAGAGCGCGAAACCUCCGGAGGAUGUCGUGGAACAACGGGCGGAGGAUGCCGUAACGAUCGCACAAGUUCCUAGCGAUGAUAGCCACUCCAAAGAAGCACCGGAAACGCCCGAGUCACGUAGUCAGCAGCAGCCAGCGUUGGCGGUAAAACCGACCAUGAUCGAUCAGCAAACACCGACGCCAGUUGUCCUGCGGCGCACGAUCAAACCCCCAGCGGAGUCGAUUUCCUCGACGUCCUCAAGCCUGCAGGCGAAGGUGUGCCGGAACAGCUUUAUCGCGAAGUUGCUCGAGGAUCCGUCGCUCAGCCAACUGUCGGAAGGGCUGGACUACGAGUUGAUCGCGAAGUUGAUCGAAAGUUCGCUGCUGAGACUGAAGGAGUCCCGCAGCGGGUUGGAUCUGAGCGGCACCAAAGACGCGCACGACGUCUCGAGGCUGAUCGAGCAGUCGUUGUUAAAGAUACAGGAGGAACGUGGCCGAUUGGGCACCAAGUCCGGCUGCGAAGCACCUGACGGGAGUAAGCGUAGCAGCGUCAGUUCGGGGAACAGCUAUGGUUCAGCGGCCGCCUACGAGCUGAUGGAGUUCGAUCAGUCGAUGGCGGACUUGAGCGAUUGCUACCAGAGCUGCAGCAGCGAUCUCACCGUCGAUGAGGAUGCACACUCUUCGCGCAGCAAGUUCUACCAGAUGCUGGUGGAUGCGACACUGUCUGAGAUCGAGAAUGGCGCUGCAAACGAUGAGGACGAUGAGGAUGGUGACGAUCACCAUUAUGAGUCGAUACGGUUGGGUGGUGAUCCGAUCUAUGAGGAGAUCAACGACAUUCCACCGCCGCUACCGCUGACAGCGCCACCCAUCGAUGAUGUCGAUCUUGAGAAGCAGCGAAACGCGCGAUCGAUCUUUGAGGGUGCCUCGAAGUACGACAUCCUGUCGUACCUGGUGGAUGCGAAGGAGCGUGGCAUUGCGCAGGAAGACGGUUCGUAUGGGGGUUUCCAAGGUUUUGGAACCUCGCGAACAUCCAGCGACAUCAUCCUCGAGGAGGAGGAAUCGGAACCGAUCACGGAACUGCGGCAUCACCAGCGUCAGAUCUCGGACAUUAGCAGUCGGUUGAGCCAUCUGUCGGGUAUCAGCGAUUCGAGCGAGGAUACGCCAGCGUCAACGCCGUCGAAUGGCAUCGUCGGUGGUGGACGAUCUUGUAAGGCGUCGGCUGAGAUCGAGCGGAACGACUCUGGUGUUGGAUCGGAGACGAGCAAGACGUCGCGAAGUCGGUGGCAGAAUCCAACCUCUGCAGCUACACUGCUCACGAAGAUCACACCGAUCCACCUGUGCGAGGACUGUGACGGUCCGGUGGAGACCCAAGUAACCGAGUCGGGCGUGAUGUACGCACCGCUCGUGUGCCGCAAGUGCGGGAAAAAGCGCGCCGAACGGAAGGAGAUCAUCACCGAGGUGGUCGAGACGGAGGAGAAGUACGGGCGCGACCUGCAGAUCAUUCUCGAGGAGUUCUACCAACCGAUGCUGGUGGCCGGCCUGCUGAACCAGGAUCAGCUCUCCGCAAUCUUUUUGAACGUGGAAGAACUGCUGGAGAACAACCAGUUCCUGGCCGAGCGGAUGCGCGACGCGCUCGACAUCGCCACCGAGCAGGGUGACGAUGAUCUGCUGACGGUGAACAUCGGUCGGAUCUUCCUGGAGGCGGCCCCGAUGCUGCACGCGUUCGAGAGCUACUGCGUGCGGCAGGGUGCGGCCAGUCUGCUGCUGGCGAACCUCGAGAAGGAGAAGGAACUGCUGCGAAUCUUUCUGCGCGUCUCGCAGAUGGAAAACGCCGUGUUGCGGCGCAUGAAUCUCAACUCGUUCCUGAUGGUCCCGGUACAGCGUGUCACCAAGUACCCGCUGCUGUUGGCACGCCUGUACAAAGUAACACCGGCUCAUCUCGAGGGCAAGGAACUGCUAAAGCAAUCGCAGGAAAAAAUCGAACUGCACCUAAACCACAUGAACCGGGAGGCGAAGGACGUGCCAACGAAGCUGUGGCGACGCAUCUCGUCCUCUAGCCCCGGUCGCCGGUUGUCCUGCGAGCUGGACAUGAUCAACAUCAAGCUCCGCAAGAUGGCGGUCGACGUGCUGGAAUGGAACCACGAGGAAGUCCGGUUCGCGAUCGAGGGCCGGUUGCUGUUCACGCAACCGAACGAUGGCAACUGGAAAAAGAGCCGCACGAUCAAGCUGACCUCGAUCAACGCGCUGCUGGUGACGAACGGGAAGCCCACGGCUAGCUACAAAGCGGACCGAGCCCUGUCGGAAGCGCUCAGCUUUCCACGGCACACCGGCAUCCGCGAGGCGUCCCUGCUGCUGGUGCGCGAAAAGGGUGGCCGGUAUACGCUGCUUCGCGAGCCACUCUUCCUCGAUCGGUGCAUCGUUUGCUCCGAGCACGACUGGGAGGACUAUUUCGAGGUGCAGGAGAUCCUCUCGAAGGAGUCCUUCAUAUUCAAGGCUGAGGACGGCACGAAAACCAAACAGUGGUACGCCCAGCUGCAGUACCACUCGCAGGGCAUGGGCACCUGGCGUAAGCGUCGAAAUGCGCUCGCCAACAUCAUGAUUAAUGGCAUGAUGACACGAACGUAACCCGGAAGCGAACCUCCCACUUGAUAGCCACCCUUCCGGAAGAGCGAAAACCCCGACGUGCCAACCCAUCAAGGACCUGUGUGUGUGUGU